ACAGUAUUUCGCUCGUGUAUAGCUGCUUGUAAAACCAUAUAGAGGCCCAUAGGACAUUUAAGUACGAGUCCUGAAAAUCUAAAUUGUCCAGGAAAAUUUGAAUGUUGAAACUGUGUCAGCUGUGACGUAACGUUUCCGGUUCGUCUUCAACGGUCACAGUGCACGAAUACCUAGACGCGACGCUCCAUCCGGGAGCAGCUGUUUCCAGUGCGAAGGCCACUCCGACGCCAAGUAUACGUGUGUUACGUACCUCAAAUCGUACGUAUACAAUCUUAGAAAAUAUUUUGCGGAUAAGUUGACAGCCGGCGAUCAAUUGCGACGAGCUAAGAUCAAGAGAAACGAGGGAAAAUCAAGCUUCAAGAUGCAGAAGUUCAAGAGGGCUCAGGCGCAGAACAAGCUGUCCAUCGAGAGGCACUUGGAGGCCAACGCGUCGUUGAAUUCGUCCAGCGAGGAGGAGGACGAGACGAACGAGGAGGACGUUCAGAAUGCGGUGGGCAAAGUGCUGUCGGCGUACCAGGGACAGGGCAUGGACGCGGAGAGAGUGAUGUCGUAUCUGGUCAACUCCUUCCAGACCAGCAGCGCUGUUUGUUUGAUAUGCAUAUCGACUGUCAAGAAGAUGGAUCCAAUAUGGAACUGCGACAAGUGCUACGCGUUCCUGCACAUGUCCUGCAUCCUGCACUGGAUCAACGACAGCUUGAGCUACAAACGGGCUAGGGGAAUCACUCCGAUAUGGGCAUGUCCCAAGUGCCGUAUGGAAUACGAUCAGGAGCAGAUUCCGCGAUUGUACAGAUGCUUCUGCAAGAAGACCGUGGACCCGCCGCACCAGCCCUGGGCGAUUCCGCACUCGUGCGGCGAAACCUGCGGCAAGCCCCUGCAGCCGGAGUGCGGCCACAAAUGCGUGUUGCUCUGCCACCCCGGCCCGUGUCCGCCCUGCGCCAAGAUGGUGUCGGUUAAGUGUUACUGCGGCAAGCUACCGGCGCAACCGCGACGCUGCAACGCCAAGGACUGGAGCUGCGGGACUGUGUGCAACAAGAGAUACGACUCCUGCGCGCACAGUUGCAGCAGCCUGUGCCACACCGACGAGUGUCCGCCUUGCGUAGAGGUGACACCGCUCAAGUGCCGUUGCAAGAGCAACGAGAAGGUGGGCGAGUGCCACGAGGGCACGUGGGUCUGCGAGAAGCCCUGCAACAGGAGGUUCUCCUGCAACGUGCACAGCUGCGAGAGCACGUGCCACCUGCCUGGCGAUUGCGGCAACUGUCCUCUGGAGAAGAACAGAUCCUGCCCCUGCGGGAAGAAGCGAUACGAGGUCUCCUGCAGGCGACAGCAGGUGCCGACGUGCGGUGACACGUGCGGCAAGCUGCUGGACUGCGGGUCGCACUUGUGCAACAUGCGCUGCCACGCCGACCGCUGCGGCCAGUGCCUGGAGGUCGUGACGAAGGCGUGCCGGUGCGGCAGCUACACCAAGGAGAUCGCCUGCGCGAAGGAGUUCCACUGCAACAAGAAGUGCAUUCAGAUGCGUUUAUGCGGCAGACACUUGUGCAACAGGAAAUGCUGCGACUGCAUAUCAAAGAGCACGUCGAAUGCCUGCGAGAAGACGUGCGAGAACACGCUCAACUGCCGCAAGCACAAGUGCGCCGCGCCCUGCCACAGCGGCCCCUGCUACCCGUGCACCCGAACGGACGUCAUACAGUGUCGGUGCGGCGGCAGCAAGAUAACGGUGCCGUGCGGCACCAGGAAGAGAAUCAAGCCGCCGCUGUGCAACAAGUCCUGCAAGAUCCCGCCCAUCUGCCACCACAGCAAGAGGGAGACGCACAAGUGCCAUCACGGCCCGUGUCCGCCGUGCAAGAAGGUCUGCGGGCUGACGCACAAGAGAUGCGGCCACACCUGCCCGGCCACUUGUCACACCAAGGUCUGGGUGAAGAGCAGAGCGAACGGCAUAAAGGCGCAGCCGGUCGGGCCCUGGGACAGGCCCAAGGACGUUAUGGAGCUCAAGACUCUGCCGUGUCCGCCGUGCGAGGUUUCCGUGCCCGUGACCUGCCUCGGCGGCCACGAGACCCGGCCCUGGCCGUGUCACAUGUCGAGGCCGAGCUCCUGCGGCAGAUCCUGCGGCCGGCUGCUACCCUGCGAGAAUCACGCCUGCGAGUCGACCUGCCACAAGCUACAGACACCCGACAACGAGUCCAACGGCGGCGGUGCUCCGUGCAUGGAGUGCGAGAGGGAGUGCAAUUUUGCACGGCCGCCGGGUUGCACGCACGCGUGCCCGCGGCCUUGCCACCCGGCGCCGUGUAAACCGUGCAAGCAACUGGUCCGGGUCUCUUGCCACUGCGGUAUCAGCACCCUGUACCGGCAUUGCGUCAACCUGACGUCUGCAACGAGCAAGGAACGGGACGAAUUACUCAAGUGUGGCAACCAGUGCCCGAAAAAUUAUCCAUGCGGCCACCGUUGCGUCAACGACUGUCACUCGGGAGAAUGCAAAGGUGGAGAGGGAUGCAGCAAGAAAGUCAGAUUGUGGUGCAAGUGCAAGCGGAUCAAGAAGGACUAUCUCUGUUCGCUUCUUCAAAAGGAGCCGAUUACCGUAGAGUGCGACGGCGUGUGCGAGUCACUGAGGAACGAGAGGAAGGAGGCCCAGGAAGCUAUGAUAGCGAGGAAACUGGAGGAGGAGGAGCUGCGCAAUCGGGAGGAGAUCGAGAAGUUCGAGAAGAAGUUCAAGCCACGACGGAAAAGGAAGGACAAGUACGACAGCGCGAAACAGUCCCGGGGGAGCGCAAAGAAUAGGUAUCGCAGCGCAUGGAUCCUAGCGAUUAUCGUGAGCAUUGUGGGGAUAAUAAUAGCGUAUCUGACCGCUCCUGACUUAAACGUACCCGGACUGAGCUGAUUCCGCGAGCUGAUUUCAAAUUUGUUGAUUAUUUAUGAUAACAAUCAUUGAUAAGAUUUUGUGAUGUAUUUACGCUUAUACGUGUAUUGCUAUGAUAAGCAUGAUUCCAUUUAUCUCGCUAAUAGGAGUAGUACAAUUGUAACAGUCUUCAUAUAUACAGCCACAGACAGAAUUACUAGCCCGGUUGCACCAACGUUGACUUCUAACUUUAGCUUAAUUCCCUUCUCGUCUCUUUCUGUUUACCUU